CAGAAAAAUGAUUAGGAGGUGUAUAUUGGUUUUCUCUGAGCUAGUGGCUUGCAAUUUUACAAAUGAAACGAAUAGAGAAAGUCGUCAUUUUAUUGGGAACUACGAUUAUACUGGAUAUUCGGUGUUUGAAAUAUAUCCUAAAAAUUCACAUCAUCUGAAAGUAAUUCAAGAUUUAAGAUUGGUGUUCGGUUUGGAUAUAUGGUCAAUGGUAAAUAAAAUUGAAGCGCCGACCACAGUUAUGGUACCACCCGAUCGUUACAUAAAUUUUGUGAACCUACUGGAAGCAAACACCAUACCAUAUAGAACUAUCAUUCAAGACGUGCAAAAAAAAAUUGAUCGUGAACGAUACGUGCAAUUAAAUAAUCCAAAUAUAGUUUCAGUAGUUAGCCCUACUGGAGUAGAAAACUCUUAUGCGCUUAGUUUUUAUAAAUAUCAUCAAACACGCACGAUAGAACAAUAUUUGAAAUAUUUGCAGCACAAAUAUCCCAACCGGAUACAACUUAUAAACAUUGGAAAGUCAUACGAAGGGCGUAAUCUUCAUGUCGCAAAAAUUUCAUUUAAUAAAUAUAGAUCAGGGAGCGAGAUAGUGCGGAAGCCAGCUAUAUUAAUUGAUGGAGGUACUCAUGCUCGUGAAUGGAUCUCAGUAGCAACUGUUGUUUAUUUAAUUUACGCAUUGGUUGAAAAUUACAGGGAAAAUAUUGACUUAUUGAAAGAUAUUGAUUGGUAUUUGAUGCCAUGUUUAAAUCCAGACGGUUAUGAAUAUUCACACACAGAUAGGCGACUUUGGCGAAAAACACGAUCAAAAACACCAAAACCAUAUUGCCGUGGAAUUGAUUUGAAUAGAAAUUAUGAUUUUCAUUGGCAAGAACAUGACGAUUGGGGAACAAAGAAUCCAUGCUCAGUAACAUACGGUGGAGAAAGCAGUUUUUCCGAGCCUGAGUCAAAGGCAUAUUCUGAUUUUGCGAGAUCAAUUCGCAAAUCUCUCAAAUUGUACAUAACUUUUCACAGUUAUGGACCAUUUGUAUUAUAUCCAUGGGGCUAUACAUGGGAUUUACCGGAAAAUAGAGAUGAACUACACAGACUUGGUGUAAAGUUUAGUCAAGCAUCUGAUUAUUUUUAUGAAGUUGGUAAUUCAUCUCGGUUAUUAUAUCCGGCGAGUGGUACAAGUGAUGACUGGUUUAAAGGUGCACUUGGUGUGAAACUAAGUUACACAAUUGAAUUGCCAGGUGGUGGUUCGGAAGGAUUUGAUUUACCACAGAAUGAAAUUCAUAAUGUUGCUGAAGAUGUUCUGAAUGGUAUGCGUGUAUUUGCAAAAUAUAUCAGAGAUAAAUAUGUUAUAUGA